GUUGUCCUAGAAGUGUUCUCCAAUGCUGUAUCUGCAUACUGAGAUCUUCUGCAACUUUCUAUGUUAUGUAUAUCUAGGUCCAGGAAGGAGGACGAGUCCAGCUGUCAACCAAUCACAUCAUUGUAUCAGAUCUGGACACACCCAAGAAGGACCUGCUGGUGUGGAUGAUCAGCUCGCCCAAAUAUGGCUUCAUUGAGAACACGAGACGAAGAGUGGGCUCGUUGGGCGGUUCAAAUACCCUCGUUAUCAGUCCAGAGGUUCCCUUCUCCAUGGACGACCUGACCACUGACCACAUCUUCUACGUUCAGAACGUCCAGAACACUGACCACCACUAUCAGGACACCUUCUCCUUCUACAUCAGUGAUGGGUCCAGUCAGACAGAGGCCUUCAAUGUCAACAUAGAUAUACUGCAGACUAAGGAGGAGAUGGAGCCGGUGGUAUCAGUGAACAGAGUCCAGGUGGAGCAGAACUCAGGAGUGGUCAUCACUAACUCCUCUCUCAACGUCCUGGACCAGGACACACCAGACAACGACAUCAUCAUCACCGUCACCAAGCAACCUGCCUACGGUAAGCUGCGUAGGACGCCAGUUCUACUCCCAGCCUCUGGAGAACGGUCGGAUCCUGUCUCAGGGGUCCACGUUCACCUACCAGGACGUGGUCGACCUGCUUCUGGUGUACACUCCCUGACGCUGCUAGCGGGGGUGCAGUGA